UGUAAAAGUGUGACUCAUAUCGCGGACCAAGCGGACAGAUAUAGUUACUGUGUUUACUUAUUAUGUGUUGGAAACUUGUUUUGUUGUUAAAUUAUUCGUGAUGGAGAAACAAUGACUAUUUAAAAUGUUAUUCAUGCCAUAUGACCGUGGACACAGUUGAAGACAGAGCUGGAAAUACAGCGAGUACAAGCAAGCAGCGCAGACUGCAGGAGGCUCGGGGUCCAGAGCGGACCACGAACCAAUGGCCGCGGAGAAGAAAAUAAAGUACAAAGGAACAUCGAACAAACCAGCACCACUCGGCCAUGACUACGAAAUAAACAUCAUGAUGCUCUCCUACUUACACGCUUGGAAUAAAAUGAAACAAACCGACACAGGCGCUAGUUACGCAACGAACGCCCCUGAAUCGUACAUCGCAACUGAAGUACAAGAAGCGGGAUCAUGUGAAGAUGUGGUUCACAUUGAAAUCCAACACGACAAAGCUUAUCUAUACUUCCUGCAAGCCAAGCACAGCUGUCAGAAAAACAAACCCAUAAAGCUCAAAGACUUACUUAACGAGAAAAAUGGUGACUUUAGUCUGCUGAAAUAUUUCACAUCUAUCAGAGAUGUAAAGAAGAAAUUCGAUCCACUUGGUAAAAUUACACAGGGGAGACGUAUAGAUGCUAGUCACAGAUUUAUUAUAAUUACAAAUAUGAUAUUGGAUAAGGAAGUGACAGGGCUCAAAGAGAUCACGGAAGACUUUCUGUUUUUCGAACACGAGAAACAGGAGGGCAAACUGUAUCGUGUAGGAAUAAGUGAUGAACCAGAUAGCCUGUUCCAAAGGUUUAAGGCAUUACUUAAGAGCAGAGAAGAAAAAGUUACAUGCAAGACUACUAGCCCAAGCUUAAAUGUCACUCACUUCAGUCCAUCGCCGCUCUCUGCGUUACCCUGUCUACUGUUAUCUUUAUACAAGGCAACGAUUGGAAAAGUGAUGCAGCAGCCAACAGUUACAACCUUCUUGACCUCACUACAAAUUCCACCGUGGUCACAACAGCCGCUUCCAUUGAAACCAUCGAUGAAGUCUGACAAUGAAAACGAAUUAAAAGAGUUUUUUGAAGAAUUCAUCUUCGCUGUUAACCAACCUAAUGUGAAUCAAUGCCGUUUUAAAGUUGAAGAAGAGUUACGAAAAAUAACGGGUUUAGAUGACACAAUGUGGAUAGCGAGGACACUAGCUGGAGAACUGAGCCACUGGGCGCAUCAAAAAGAUGGAUGGUUCCUUACCAAUCGAGACCGCAAGAAUUUUUUUGAAUAUGUUAACCAACAUUUAGCAAGUUGGGGGCAGGCAACUCUCACUAUGAAUAAAGUAGCAAACAUUUUAAAGAAGGGCAUCAGAUUCAAUCAAACGGAAGUUAUUCAGGCUUUAAGAGGGUUUCUUAGCUGCAAAACUGCAAGUACGUCGUCGCUAUGUAUCGUAUAUUAUGAACAUUUGGGACUCACUGAAAUUAAAGUAGCCCAGGCAAUUAAAGAAAGUAAAAAAACAAUAUUUUCCGAUCUUGAUAAUCUGCGCGAUGAAACAAGUGAUUCUAGCAUAAAUCCUGUUAAUGCUUUUGAAUCGAAGAGCAUGAACUGUUUAAUAAUAACGGUAAAGACUGAGUCGGAACUGAAUAGGAAUAUACGUUUAAUUAAGUUAUUUUUAGACAUUGUUAAAAAAACAAAUGAUAAAAAAAUUAUUCUAAUAGCUCCAUCAGACCUGCGAAAUUCUUUUGCUGUUUUAGGAAUGAAUUAUGAAACAAUUGAAGACAAUGAAAACUGUUUAGCUGACCUUUCGAGGGAGUCGCAAGCAAAAUUGGCUAAAGAGAGAGCGGUUGUGUUCCAAGAUCAAAAAAUAAAUUUGGGGUUGCUUAUGGAUAACGAACUUAAGAAAAAAAUGAGUGGUGAAAUUCUUGAAAAUUUCUUUGUGAAAGAUUAUGUAGUGAACCAAGUACAUUCUUUUAAUAACUACGAGCAUGUUAAGAAUUAUUAUGUUGACCGUGAAUUAUAUCAACGAGACACAUAUAUUGGAAACGAAAUAAUUAAAGCUGUUAAUGAAUUUAUUAUUACUGAUGAAGAUUAUAUUAAUGACACAGACAUUACAGACAAAGACAUUUUGUUGACCACGCUAAAUUAUUAUGACGAUAAUUAUUUUCGCUCCCUAUGUGUAAAGUUUAAACAUCAGAACAUUCAUUGGUUGGUUAAGAAUAACAAUGGUAAACUUAUAUGGCGCAGAACUCACGGUUCGUUUACAAAGAUACGGAAAUUUGUAAAUAAUGACGAGUAUCAGAAUGUUAGCCCAAACACUGUUAAACAUAUAAAGGUUGAAGAUUUACAGGAUAGAGUAGUGAUCAUAACUGCUGAACCUGGGAUGGGCAAGUCUACUGCGCUGUCUCAUCUUGCUGCGAAAUCUAAAUCAGCUCUAAUGUCCGAAAGUGAACCUCUAUGCAUUAUUAAAACUAACUUAGAGGAUCAUUCUACUCAGUUUGAUAACCUCGUCAAAGGGAAAGUAACAACCAAAGACGCUAUAAAAUUCAUUUACAAAGCUAUGAAUUUGGAGCCCAGAAGUUCAAGAUCGUUGAUUUUCUGGAAGAGGACGACGAGGGCAAAUUAUUUUUUAAAGUAAAUGAAAGUUGCUGC